AAAUUACAUUGAAUCAUACCUACGUAUAAAAAUAGUCGUCGUUAUAUUCCGUCAGUGUGAAAAUUGCCUUGUGAAAAGUGAAAAAUUUGUCGAAAAUAAUUUACGUGCUGAGUUACUAGUGUUGAUCUGUGUUAUUUUGGAAAGCGAAAGUUCCAUUCUCAUACCAGUUUAAUAGUGUGUAAGUGCUGUACCACCUUCAAAACGGCCACCGAAAGCCUUAAGUCCAAAGAACAACCCAAUUACAACACAAUGUAUCAAAAUCAAGGCGGUUAUCCGCAACAAGGCGGAUAUCCUCAAGCUGGAUACCCACAGGGAGGUUACCCGCCUCCGCAGGGCGGGUAUCCACAAGGUGGCUAUCCACAAGGCGGCUAUCCACCCCCGGGAGGGUACCCCCAACAGGGGUACCCACCACCCCCGCAAGGAUACCCGGCGUAUGGUGGUGCUGGAUUUGGUGAGCCAGCUGGAUAUGCGCCACCACCCCAAGGUGUUGGAGAAGAUGGAGAGGUCAAGGGGUUCGAUUUCACUGAACAGUCCAUUCGGAGAGGAUUUAUCCGCAAGGUGUACUCCAUCUUGAUGUGUCAGUUGCUAGUGACAAUGGGCUUUAUUGCACUCUUCCUGUUCCACAAACCGACCAAAUUAUGGGCCUACAGGAAUCCUUGGCUCUUCUGGGUAGCGUUCGCGGUGGUGUUCGUAUGUUUGAUCGUGAUGGCGUGCUGCCACAACGUGCGAAGGCAGGCUCCGAUGAACUUCAUCUUCCUCGGUAUCUUCACUGUAGCUGAGAGUUUCCUACUCGGUGUCACUUCCAGUGUCUACGAUGUUGAUGCGGUACUGAUGGCGGUGGGUAUAACGGCGGCGGUAUGCCUGGCUCUCACUCUGUUCGCGUUCCAAACCAAGUGGGACUUCACCGUCAUGGGUGGCUUCCUACUCUGCGCCACAGUCGUCCUGCUUAUAUUCGGUAUCGUCUGCAUAUUUAUUCCUGGCAACAAAAUAGUGACCCUGGUCUACGCGUCCAUUGGAGCUUUAAUCUUCUCUCUGUACCUAGUCUACGACACCCAGCUCAUGAUGGGAGGCAAACAUAAGUACAGCAUUUCACCCGAAGAAUAUAUCUUCGCUGCCCUCAACCUUUACCUGGACAUCAUCAACAUAUUCCUGUACAUCCUCACCAUCAUUGGAGCGGCCAGGGAUUAAGAUAGGAAGUAAGGGCGUCGGUCAUUUGAUUGUCUUCAUUAGUCCAUGUGUUUUGGUGUCCGUUAGUUCUCAUUUGGCGGCGCUAGUUUCGUUUUUGGCCAAUAGUGGUUAAUAUUAACACUGUUGGUUGUUUCUUCAAAUUUAUAAAGUAAAUUGUCUUGUGGUCUGUUAUAGCUUUUACGCUCUUUAUAAUAAGGUUGAGAUUUCCACUUUUAAAAGCUGUUUUAUGUACGCAUCGCAUUCUCAACCAUACCUCGUUGCAAUACAGUACAAGUUAGGUUAUGUUUCGUUAAUGUGAUAUUUAACGGUUCUGUAACUCAAUCGUCACGUCGAUCUGCCUUCGACUUUAUGUUUAAGGCUUUAAGGUCGAAUUUGGAGUUACCACUGUUAAAAUAGUAGUUAAGUAUGUGCGAAGCGAACACCAAAACACUUAUUUAGGAUCUAUAAUAUUUAUUCUCUAUUAAAUUGGCUUUUCUUCUAGCCUUUCCCCCUUGUGGGGGUUGGCACUGAAACAGUCUAACUGAAUGUCAGUAACACCCCCAUGGGGGGAUAAAACGACAUUCCAUUAAAAAAGACUUAUUUAUUUCUUCUAAACUUUAGUUUUUGCAUUUAAAACGAGUGGACCGGAGCCCUUUUCGAAAAUUUGGCAUGAUUCGUCAGAAAGGUGCUUAAAGCAUGAAAUUAGAAUAAAGCUUAAGCAAACAUAUAAUCGGAGACAAUAAAAAAACUGUAUUCUAUAUGCUUUUCAAACAAAUAUGUUAUACAACUAUAAACUUUAACUCCAUACACCAAAGUACACUUUUCAUUGUUAUUGAAUUAGCUAAGUAAUGGUGUCACUGCAAUAUGUACCUUAACACCAAGCUAAUAUAAUCUACUUUAAGUCGUUACCAUUUCAUCUUGUAUCGGCUUGGUUCUGUAGUAUUUAGUAUAAACACAUGUGUAAAUAAAUAUAUUUAAAAAUGGCGGAGACGAAUCAUGUCAUAACCUUUAUUUCAGAUUCCCCUUGCAAUAAUCUCUCAUUAGAUUAUACUUAGGUGGUAUAAAUUAGGUCGCCUUUGCUAUGUAUUGUUAAAAAGCAAAAUGUAAUUGUCUAUGUGCGUAUUACAUGUCAAAUGACGUCACUGCUCUGAAGUUCGUGCGAGUGACAAACUUCAGAGCUGAUCGGUGUGAAGUUGUGCAACUGUUGCGCUGUACUUGUCUGUUGAUUGUAAAACAUGCGAUAUUGUAUGUGUAUAUCUUAUUUUCUUGAAUUAUAUCUUACUUUACUGAAAUGUUACGUAACUUUUAAUUGAAGCUCCUUUAAAACAAAAAUUAAAAAAGUUGCGCCACAGUUGCCCGACUAAAUUUUCGCACGCUUUCUUCUGCUGUUCACGUUCUGACUGAUAAUUAACCAAUCACAUCACUCGAAAUCAUAUAUAAUUGGUAAUAAAUUAAAAAAAAAAACUGCACAAAGGUGACUGCUAUAGCGACCCAUAGGUGUUGUAUGUUAAUGAAAUAAAAUAUUAAUGAAUAAAAAUUCUAUAACACGCUAUAUUAAAAGGUAACGAUCAGUAUUGUGAUAUCUAAUAUAAACUAUCACUCUAGAUUUACUAAGGUUUUACGGGACACAUCACAAAAAAAUAAAAAAUAUUAUUUCCUUUUCAUAAUUAAUGCAAUUUCAUCUUUAUCCCCUAGUGUUACGAGUCCAUUAUCGUAGUACAGAUUGUUUUCUCUACUUAUCGCAGCCGUAAAAUGUUAAGAUUAAUUUAUAAUUGUAAAAGUUAUAGUUUAUGUUAAGGUUUUGUUAUUUUUCCUUAAUUAAUAAAAUGUAAAAUAUUAAUAGUAUA